CAUUUGACGAAGCGCGUUUCGGAAAGCUGAGGUCUAUAGGACCUUCCGGCUCACCGUAGCGCUGUCAGCUGAAGGAUGUUGUUAAAGUGUCGCGACUCUCGGCAGUGGAAAUAAAACUCUUCAUCUGCGAUUGUAAUGAGUGUCUGUAAUGACUCGUAGAGCGGGAUCCAUCAUCAUCAUCAGUCAUGGGGAACACAAGUGAUCGAGUGUCACACGGGUCAAAGCCACAGCGUUCAGACAGCGGAGGUGGUCAUAAAGACCUGGAGCCCAGCAAAAUGAUGAUGGACAGCACAGACGACCCCAAUAUCUUCAACACACAUGGACCAGAAUCUAAAGCUCCAGGUGACAAGGAUGCCCCAGAUUUAGACGACAUGGUCAAGACGGGUCCUCAAGCCAGACCCACCGUGAUCCGCUGGGCGGGAGGAGGGAAAGAGGUCUACAUCACGGGCUCCUUUAACAACUGGAGCACCAAGAUCCCACUCAAUAAAAGCCAUAAUGAUUUUGUAGCAGUCUUGGAUCUACUUGAGGGUGAACAUCAGUACAAAUUCUUUGUUGACGGCCAGUGGGUUCAUGACCCCUCUGAGCCUGUGGUUACCAGUCAGAUGGGCACCAUUAAUAAUCUGAUUCAUGUGAAGAAGUCCGACUUUGAGGUGUUUGACGCGCUGCAUGUGGACUCGCUGGAGUGCUCGGAUUCGUCAGAUCUGUCCAGUUCACCGCCUGGUCCAUACACACAGAACAUGUACAUGUUUAAACCUGAGGAACGCUUCAAAGCUCCGCCCAUCCUCCCGCCUCAUCUCCUCCAAGUCAUCCUUAACAAGGACACCAGCAUAUCAUGUGAUCCUGCCCUGCUGCCAGAACCAAACCAUGUCAUGCUGAAUCAUCUGUAUGCGCUCUCGAUAAAGGAUGGUGUGAUGGUUCUCAGUGCCACUCACCGCUAUAAGAAGAAAUACGUCACCUCUCUGCUGUACAAACCCAUUUAAUAAGUGCAGUCAUCGUCCGUCUGAGCUGAGAUUGUUCUACAAACGUGUGAUGCAAACAUUGACUUUAUCAGCUUGACAUUUGUGUGUGUGAGAGUGUGCGUGUGUGUUUUCAUUGCACAGUUGACCUUUUUUGUCUUUAAACACCCAAGUUGUUUUUGUCAUAGUUUCACUAUUUUACGUGUACAAUCUUGAGUUGUACUAUGAGGAAGUGCUUUAUACUGUAAACAGCAAUCUAUAUUUGUUGUCCGACUUAUUUUUAUCUGCAGGGGGAAGAAUACACAUGCUUCUUUACGUUAAAAUUAAACUAGGUUCAGAGUGGACUGUUCUCAUCUGGCUUUCUGUCAGCCCAGUUGCUCUUUGAGGUUACACAAAGUUCAACUACAAGAGUAUGUGUUGGUAUGUUGUCAAAGAACCCAUUUUCAAGAGCAUCAGGUUAUAAUAUUACAGGGCUUUCUAUGCAAGUCUGUUUGAUUUUCACACUUAGAUUGUGCAUAAUAAGCACUUUAACUUGGUUUGUUUCACUGAGACAAAACAGGGAAGAUCAACAGCCUUUCAUUUCGUCAUGUAUUUAUUUAGACACAAAUAUUUCCCAUGUCAUACAACACAUCUAUACUUAAUCUGUUUGAAAUGUUUUGAGUAGUUUAUGUGUAUACAAAUGUUUUGAUGCUGUGAGCUGAAAUAGUGUGGCGUUGUAUUUAUUCACAUGUGUGUGUUUAAGUCCAAAUGAAGGUUGGUUUUCAUAUAAAUAAAAUAGGGAUACAUGCUGA